GCGGGAGACGGCCCGGAGGGGCCCGGGAAGAUUUGUGAUAAGCAUAGCCUACUCUUCGUCGGGACCCUGUUCGGAGUCUCCAUGUUGUCCUGUCUGGAUGAAACUGAUCUGAGAAGAAGCUGGGGACAUUGUGUUUGGGCUAAGCACUUCCAAUAAACUCUUGGCUGAAAAAAUUAGGUGUGUAUCCAUCAGGAAGCAGAGAGGUACAGACUAAAUGGAUCUAAAGACAGCAGUCUUCAACGCAGCUCGUGAUGGCAAGCUGCGGCUCCUUUCCAAGCUACUGGCGAGCAAAACAAGGGAAGAGGUGGCCCAACUGAUGUCAGAAAAAACCAAUGGUGCCACACCACUUCUGAUGGCAGCCCGCUACGGUCACCUCGACAUGGUGGAAUACUUGUUGGACCAUUGCUCUGCCUCGAUAGAGGUUGGUGGGUCGGUGAAUUUUGAUGGUGAGACCAUCGAGGGGGCUCCGCCGCUGUGGGCAGCAUCAGCCGCCGGCCACUUGAAGGUUGUUCAGUGUCUGUUGGAUCAUGGUGCGUCUGUCAACAACACAACGCUGACAAAUUCAACGCCGCUUAGAGCUGCCUGUUUUGAUGGUCACCUAGAAAUAGUCAAAUACCUUGUGGAGCACAAAGCAGACCUGGAAGUAUCAAACCGUCACGGGCAUACGUGCUUGAUGAUCUCAUGUUACAAAGGCCACAAAGAAAUUGCUCAGUAUUUACUUGAAAAAGGAGCUGAUGUGAACAGAAAAAGUGUUAAAGGAAAUACAGCACUACAUGACUGUGCAGAAUCUGGAAGUUUGGAGAUCAUGAAGAUGCUUCUCAAGUAUUGUGCUAAAAUGGAAAAGGAUGGUUAUGGAAUGACUCCCCUUCUGUCAGCCAGUGUGACAGGCCACACAAAUAUAGUGGACUUCCUGACCCAGCAUGUACAGACUAGUAAGGCUGAGCGCAUAAAUGCCCUGGAACUUCUGGGAGCAACAUUUGUGGACAAAAAGAGAGAUCUCCUUGGUGCUUUGAAAUACUGGAAAAGAGCUAUGGAAAUGAGAUACAGUGAUAGGACUAAUAUCCUCAGCAAACCUGCGCCACAAACGCUGAUUAUGGCUUACGAUUAUGCUAAAGAGGUGAACAGCUCAGAAGAGCUAGAAAAUCUUAUUGCAGAUCCAGAUGAAAUGAGAAUGCAAGCAUUAUUAAUUAGAGAACGCAUUCUUGGCCCUUCUCACCCAGACACAUCCUACUAUAUUAGAUACAGAGGUGCUGUGUAUGCAGACUCCGGAAACUUCAAGCGUUGCAUCAAUUUGUGGAAGUAUGCUUUGGACAUGCAACAGAGCAAUCUUGAUCCGCUGAGUCCUAUGACAGCGAGCAGUUUGCUGUCAUUUGCUGAACUGUUCUCCUUCAUGCUUCAGGAUAGGGCAAAAGGCCUGCUAGGCACUACUGUCACUUUUGAUGAUCUGAUGGGUAUACUGUGCAAAAGUGUUCUUGAAAUAGAACGGGCCAUGAAGCAAACCCAGUGUCUUCCUGAUCCGGUACAGCUGAACAAAGCCCUUUCCAUCAUUUUGCAUUUAAUUUGCUUGUUGGAGAAAGUACCUUGCAGCUCAGAACAGGAACAUUUUAAGAAACAAACUAUUUACAAGUUUCUUAAGCUUCAGCCUAGGGGAAAGAAUAACUUCAGUCCACUUCACCUUGCUGUUGACAAUAAUACCACAUGUGUUGGCCGCUACCCAGUUUGUAAAUUCCCGUCUUUACAAGUUACUGCUAUCCUGGUGGAAUGUGGUGCUGAUGUGAAUGUCAGAGACUCUGAUAACAACAGUCCAUUACACAUUGCUGCACUGAACAACCAUCCAGACAUCAUGAAUCUUCUUAUCAAGUCAGGUUCACAUUUCGAUGCCACAAACUCAUGUAAACAAACAGCUAGUGAUUUGCUGGAUGAGAAGGAAAUAGCAAAGAAUUUAAUCCAGCCCAUAAAUCAUACUACUUUGCAGUGUCUUGCUGCUCGUGUAAUAGUGAAUCAUAACAUAUGCUAUGCAGGGCAUAUCCCUGAGAAACUAGAGAACUUCGUUUUACUCCAUAGAUGAUAGUGUGGUGUUCCAGAGUACUGUUUUUGAAGCACGAUGUGGUAAUAUUUUCAUUGAGCACUGUUGUGAUACACCAGCGUUCCCUUAGCUUGCUCCAUUUUGCUCUCAUUGGCUAGUGUUGUUAGCAUCAGAUCUGCAGAGUUGGUUACCCAGUAUUUAAUAUGAAUCUGCCAUAUAAUAUAUUUUGUGGAUUAUUUAGAAAUGUAAUGCCAUAUUUAGACUUUUUAAAUGGUCUGCCAAAGGCUUGUCUUUUCUGGUCUUAUUUGCCUGUUGGGUGUUUGGGACUGAGUUGAGUAUUUUCCACUGAUGUCUUUUUACUAUAACUGUUAUGUGGAUUUUAUACGAUUGGAAGGUCAUCUUUUUUUGGUUUUGCUUGAGUGUUUCUACUCUUACUCUCUUCUUUUUCUAUGGACUCAUUGCUAAACUGUGCAAGUUGUAUGGACUUGUUAACAUUUGCAACUACCAUAAGUGCUUUUAUCUUCUCUAUGCACUGGCUUAAACAUGACUGUUGUGUGUGAGCAUAUUCCUAUGCAGCACUUGGCCAAUUUCAACUUAAAUGCCAAUCUUGUUUUGCAGUUUGUUUAGAGCUCUCUUGAGAAUGCUGUCUUCAUAGCAUGAUGAAUUUUGGAGUUAUUUAUCAGCUCUCCAAACCUGGGCUUGACUUCUUUGACUGCUGUAACUGAGGUUGCUUUCAUGUUGGUCCUCUGGAAUUUUUUCCUAAACUGGGGAGAAGAAAAUCUUGCUUUUUCUCUUCGUAGUCCACUUGAACUUUUAAUCUGAAUAUUGUUCUGUUGCAUUGUGCAGCUGGGAGAAGAGUCCUCAUGAUGUACAACUGACACCUUCCCCUCUGCACUGACGUCUUGCUUGUGCCGGUUAUGUGACUAGAUGUGAAGUUUGCUCGAAGUUUAACCUCGAACCUUAAUGAUACACUUCUAUGAGAAAUAGAUCAAUUAUAUGCUCUGCUUUAAAAUCUGCAAAUCAGCUUUAGCUACAGAAGAAAACUAAAGCAUGUUGAUGGCAUGAUGUUUAUCAGUCCAGAUCUAGACAUCAUAUAGUAUACUAAGUGGCUGUCUGCCAGGGUAUUGAAAGUUAUAUAGCAGUGUCCUUUUUUCUUCAUUUUAAGUAUCUUUAUAAAUGCUUGCAUGGAUUUUUCAUCUUUACUAUGUCAGUUGUACUUAACAAAAGCAGAAGUUCUGUUGUGUAUAUAGCUCCUCCUAAAGUACCUAUUUUUUAUAAU